CACCUCCAUAUGUGUCAACGUGCUUUAAUCUCACAAUGCAUUUCCCAACGGUAUCUGUGAAUUAUCAACCUGAUAUCUCCCUAGAAUCCACAAAUCUUAUCCAAGGUCUUGACGGUUACCACAUGAUACACCUUUUAGAUUUAUAACCUGCUCUCAAUGUCAUCAGAACCACACAACAUCGAGCAAACACCAGAGAAGAUACAAUCGGAACUAGAAACCUUUCGAGCACAGUGGCGGGCCGAAGUAACAGCCCGGUCCAAGAAGCCUGAGGCUUCGCAGCCGUCAAGCCAGGCAGGGCCCUCCUCAUCUGCCUCCAAGCCGCCCCGAAAGCCAGAUGCAUCACAAAAGAGGACAGCAGUACCCAAAGGUGCUGCACAGCUCGAGGACGACGAUGAGUAUGUUCAAGGACAUGCCUUCGAUGAGCUGAGCACGCAUGGGGCAGCCGGGGAACCAGUGAGAGUUGAAUCGUCGGAAGUUGAUAACAAGGAGCCAGAGACAGCGCUGGAAUUCUACGAAAAGGCCGUGGACAGGGAGACCACCGGCAAGCUCGGCGAUAGCUUGCGCUUGUACCGCAAGGCCUUUCGGAUGGACAGCCGGGUCGACCAAGAUUACAAGAACAAGCAUUUCCCUGGACGGUGGAAGCCAGCUCAAAUCAACCCAUCGAACGCCCCCAUCACGGUGCCCAAUGUUGCACAACAUUCCCUGGACGGUCCCACGCUGUCUCUGCCAGACCUGAUCGCAAGCUUCGCUGGUAUGAGCGUGCAAGGGUCAACAGCAGAAGUUGAGGGAAUGCCCACGCCGCCAUGUCCCAUUUCAGAUUUGCCUGAUGAGAUCCUCCUCCACAUCCUUCGAGAUGUAGCUAUCUUGGAUGUCGGCGACUUCGUCCGGCUUUCUCAGGUCUGUAAGCGGUUCGCUUACUUGAUCGCCACAGAAGACCAAAUAUGGCGGCGCGUCUGCCUCGGCUCCGAAUUCGGGUUCGGCAGCAUGGUGUAUCACUGGCAGAAGGAAAUAACCUGGGAGACACUCGACCCUGAACUUCAGCUUGGUGAGAAUCUCUGCGGCGUAGAAGAACUUCAGCAACGACGGGCUGAUGAGAGCGAGGCCACCACGCACGCCUUAAUCCACACGCUCUACGCUUCGUCUUGGCUGAAGAUGUUUCGCCAACGUCCCAGAAUUCGGUUCAAUGGAUGUUACAUCAGUACGGUGAACUACAUUCGUGCCGGCCAAGCAUCAGGUCAUCACAUCACCUGGAACAGCCCAGUCCACAUUGUCACCUAUUAUCGCUAUCUCCGCUUUUUCCGUGAUGGUGCUGUCAUAAGCUUACUCACAACCGACGAGCCCAAAGACGUGGUACAUCAUCUCACAAAGGACAACCUGAUGCAACACCAGAACAACGGCGCGCCUCAUUUGCCUUCCGCCGUAAUUAGCGGCGCCCUGAAAGGGCGCUGGCGCCUCUCAUCGACCAUCGACAACCCAGAUGGGGAUUUGGCUGAUGUCGAGGGUGAUCUCUUCGUCGAGACGAAUGGCGUCGGUCCUAAAUAUAUGUAUAGAAUGGAGCUAUCGCUGAAGAGCGCCGGCAAGGCAGCCAAGAACAAUAAGCUCAUGUGGAAAGGCUUCUGGAGCUACAAUAAGUUGACGGAUGACUGGGGUGAGUUCACGCUAAAAAAUGACAAGGCGUUCUACUUUAGCAGAGUGAAAAGCUAUGGAUUCCGGGGGCAGUGAGCUUUGCGCUCGGUACGUCGCAGUAUGUAUUAGUUAUUAGCAGGGCGACGUUGGAAAUGGCUACAUAUAUUCUUCUCACCAUAUUAGGUAUGUUCUUUUGAUCUACUUCCGCAAGUUUCCAUCCUGGUAGCAACAAUAUGGAUCAAGUUCCCAG